AAUUGUGUAUUUAUAGGAGACAAAGAGUUGACGCAACAACCAAAAUGAACAAGCUGUUGAAAGUGAAGCCGAUUCCAACUGUCCAGUAAUUACUUCGCUCUUUACAUCAGUAAACAAACAACUGGUUUACUUCUACAGAAAUAAUGGCGAACACACUCAGCCCAUUGUCAAAGUCUGAGGUCGACGACCUGUUUAGCGAAAUUAAGAGUUUGGUCGAAGCUGAAUGCCAGGAUGAACCAAAACCGAAUGUGGAAAUACAGGACAUCGAUGUCUUACCGACAAGGGACAAUUUUGAUAAAAGUGAACUCUUGCAAUGCUUGCGAAUAUUGGAGCCGAAUGCAGUAAUUUUCUUUCAAGACUUACAAAAGCUGCUUCAAGUUUAUCUUUGUGAAAAUGCACAAAGUUUCCCAUCGGAGGAUGUGGAAUAUUUAAAGUAUAAAUAUCUGAUUGGCGGUAACAAAUCGAUCACGUUGCGACGAAUCGCAGCUUUAUUUCCAUCGUUAACAUGCAAUUUACUGAAGUGCAGUACACACAUCCCGAGACCUAUUUCGCAGCAAUGCUUAAGCCACAAAGAAAACUAUCCGCGGCAAAUGACCACUCGCUGCAUAUUCAGUUUGAUUCCAUUGACUCCGUUGAUCGGAAAAUUGCAAUUGAUUGAGGCAGCACUGCUCUAUCAAAUUCUGGAGCAGGCCAAAUUCAAUACAAUAAAGACGGAAAACGGUCAGGUGAACUAUGAUGCGCAUAUGAAAAUUUCGCUGGACUAUUGUUUGGAGGACUACAUGUCCGAAUUUGAAACGAACGAGAAGCGAAUCAAACAAUUCGACGAGCUGGAACUCUACAUUUAUGGUCAUCCCAUUCCUCCAAUAUAUGAUGCAGUGGAAAAGUUUAAAGAAAUUGUUGGCAAUUCGUGGGACAAUGAAAUUAUCUCAAAGUUUAAAUUAAUAAAAAUCGAAUGGGGUGAUUAACGUUGGGUAUUGGAUCUCAGUUUUUUUUUUCGUCAAUUUUUAUCUUUUGUUUCCAUUUCAUGAAUGAAGUUUAUAUUUUUCCACAUAAAAAUCAAUAAAAUAUGGUGAAGUUAAGAAGUUAAA